AUGGAGAAACUCACAGAAAAGAUCGCGGCUCUGCCGCCCAACUCGAAUUACUUCUCGCUCGAAUUUUUCCCGCCAAAGACUCAGAUGGGUUUUGCCAACCUCCAAGCCCGUCUGGAGCGUAUGGCACAAGCAUUGCGACCAUUGUUUGUCACUGUCACAUGGGGCGCCGGAGGAAGCACCGCAAAGCGAUCGCUCGAAUUGGCUGAGGUCUGCCAGCGGCAACUGCAAUUAACGACAUGCCUGCAUUUAACGUGUACCAACAUGAGUCGGGCCUUAGUGGAUCAGGCGCUGGAGGAAGCCAAGGUGCUUGGGAUCCGGAAUAUCCUGGCGUUGCGUGGUGACCCGCCACGGAGUGAGGAGUACAACAUCCACGGGGAGGACGACAGCAACAAGGACUUCAUGUUCGCGGUGGAUUUGGUCCGGUACAUUCGUCAGCAAUAUGGGGAUUACUUCUGUGUUGGUGUGGCUGGGUAUCCCGAGGGUCAUCCGGCGGAUUCUUUCCAGGAUGUCCAAGAUCCACACCAAGAUCUGCCCUACUUGAUCGAGAAGACCAAGGCCGGCGCGGACUUUAUCAUGACGCAGUUGACUUACGACCUUGACGCAUUCAAAAAUUAUGAGAGUCUGCUGCGGAAUCAUGAGUCGGGUGUGUUCAAGACGAUUCCUAUCAUCCCCGGUUUGAUGCCGGUGCACAGCUACAAGAUUAUGACCAGAGUGACCAAGCUGAGUCACGUCAAGGUCCCGCCGCACAUUACUAAGAAGAUGGAGGAAGUUAAACACGAUGACGAUGCGGUAAAGCGCGUUGGUAUGGAUGUCAUCACCGAUAUUGUCAAAGGGAUCAAAAAGGUUCCCUCCCCUGGGAUACGGGGAUUCCACUUUUACACACUCAACCUUGAAAAGACAGUGUCUUUCAUCCUUGAGCGCUGCAACCUGAUUCCGGAUUAUGAUGAAAAUGCCAUUGAAGACGAAGGAGAAUUCAACGUCACAUCAUCUACGCUGGAUGUCGCCCCCAAUGGCUCUCGCCUUGGCUCAAAAAGCCGUGCUUCAUCGCUCAACUCCCAACCGCGCAACCGCGUUAUCGUGGACAGAAAGCAAGAAAAGCUGGAGGACGCCACUAGAGAUUCUGCGUCACACGAAGCAUCUGCGGUCAGCGCUGGAAUGCCUGCAAUGCCUCCAAACCCUAGCACCACCCUCCAAAUCUCCGAAGGACUCGGCGCGCUCGGAAGAGAAGCCACCUGGGAUGACUUCCCCAACGGAAGAUGGGGUGAUGCACGUUCCCCAGCUUUCGGUGAAAUUGACGGUUACGGUCCUUCCCUUCACGUCCCAGCCCCCGCCGCUCGUCGACUAUGGGGCCACCCCGUAUCGCGCUCCGACCUCAACACCCUCUUCCGCCGCCACGUCUCCGGCGAACUACACAUGGUCCCCUGGUCCGAGGGAGGCGCAGAGGAAGAAAGCGGUGGUCUGAACGCCGAAACAGCCGUCAUCCGCCCGGAACUCCUCAAACUCAUCGACGGCCGUGGCUGGUGGACACUCGCCUCACAACCCGCCGUCAACGGCGUGCGCAGUAACGACCCGGUCUUCGGCUGGGGUCCACAUAACGAGGGCUUCGUCUUCCAAAAGCCAUUCGUUGAGUUCUUCUGCCCGGACAAGGACUUCCAGAACAGCCUCAAACCCGUCCUUGAAAAGCACGGCCACGAGAAGCUCGCCUGGUUCGCCACAAACGCCAAUGGUGACUUCGAGUCCUCCCUGCCCGCUCACCCCGCUGGUUCCGACAACGAUGAUCUUGUCGAAAUGAACCCUGAUAACGUCAACGCGGUCACAUGGGGUGUCUUCCGGGGCAAGGAGAUCGUGACACCCACAAUCAUCGAAGAAGUCAGCUUUCGCGCAUGGGGAGAUGAGGCCUAUCGUAUCUGGGACGAGUGGCGUCGCAUCUACCCCCGGGGAACUGCAACGGAGCGGUUUCUCGAGGACACAAAGAAUGAUGUGUGGCUGGUUUGUGUUGUUGGGCAGGAAUUUGGGGCCGGGACGGAGGUUGGAUCAAGCGAGGAGGAGAAGGAAGUCAAGUGGAUGUGGAGGGUUCUGGCGGGAGAAGAGUGA